GAGCCUCGCAGGGCCAUGUCGGCGCCGUGCCUGCCCCUGCCCGCCGCCGGCUCAGCACCGGCGGAGGCGGACAGCGCCGGAGGCAUGGAGCCGCCCGCCGGCACCACCGGGACCGGGAGCAGGACCGGGGCCGCCGGCUUGGAGCUGGCCCUGGAGGAGGAGCUGGCGCUGCUGGCCGCCGCCGGGGAACCGCCGGAGCCGCCGCCCGUCGCUGCUGCUGUCGCUGUCGCCGCCGCCGCCGCCCGGGACCCCGAGCUGCUGUCGUUGAUCCGGCAGAAGGAGAAGGACCUGGUGCUGGCGGCGCGGCUGGGCAAGGCGCUGCUGGAGCGCAACCAGGACAUGAGCCGGCAGUACGAGAGGAUGCACAAGGAGCUGACCGACAAGCUGGAGCACCUAGAACAAGAGAAGCACGAACUGCGGAGGCGAUUUGAGAACAAGGAAGGAGAAUGGGAAGGAAGGGUGUCUGAACUGGAAAGCGAUGUGAAGCAGCUGCAGGAUGAGCUAGAGAGGCAGCAGGUUCACCUGCGUGAAGCUGACCGUGAGAAGACACGGGCUGUCCAGGAACUCUCCGAACAGAACCAAAGACUCCUGGACCAGCUCAGCAGGGCGUCUGAGGUGGAGCGGCAGCUCUCCCUGCAAGUCCACACCCUCCGGGAGGACUUUCGGGAGAAGAACUCCUCCAGCAGCCAACACAUCGUGCGGCUCGAGAGCCUCCAGGCUGAGCAGGUCCUUGAAAUCAAAAUGCUGACAGACAGAAAGCGGGAGCUGGAGCAUCGCCUUAGUGCCAUGAUGGAGGAGAAUGACCUGCUCCAGGGAACCGUGGAGGAACUGCAGGACCGAGUCCUCAUCCUGGAGAGGCAAAGCCAUGAUAAGGACCUGCAGCUGCAUCAAAGCCAGCUGGAGCUCCAGGAGGUGCGGCUAUCCUACCGGCAGCUGCAGGGGAAGGUAGAAGAGCUCAGUGAGGAGAGAAGUCUCCAAAAUUUCAACACAACCAGCACAUCCCUGCUAUCUGAGAUAGAGCAGAGCAUGGAGGCAGAGGAGCUGGAACAAGAACGAGAACAGCUGAGGCUGCAGCUCUGGGAAGCAUAUUGCCAAGUACGAUAUCUCUGCUCCCAUCUCAGAGGAAAUGACAGCGCAGAUUCCGCAGUCUCCACAGACUCCUCCAUGGAUGAGUCUUCAGAAACCUCAUCAGCCAAAGAUGUCCCAGCUGGUAGCCUACGGGCAGCUCUCAGCGAGCUGAAAAGACUGAUACAAAACGUGCUGGAUGGGGCAGACUCCACGAGCUCUCGGCGAAGCGAUGAUGACACCUUGGAGGAACAGAUCAGGCGAACAAGUGAGGACUCACGAGCCCUGAGGGAGUUAAUGGAGGGAGAACGGGGGAAACUGAGACAGAGUUUGGAGGAGCUGCAGCGACUGCACAGCCAGGUCACGCUGCUGAGUGUGGAAAUGACGACGCUGAAGGAGGAGCGGGACCGGCUGCGAGGAGCUGCUGAAGACAAGGAGACGAGCGAACGGCUCAUGCAGGCCAUCAGGGACCGAGAUGAAGCCAUCGCCAAGAAGAAUGCGGUGGAGGUGGAGCUCGCCAAGUGCAAGAUUGACAUGAUGUCCCUCAACAGCCAGCUGUUGGAUGCCAUCCAGCAGAAGGUGAACCUCUCGCAGCAGCUGGAGGCCUGGCAGGAUGACAUGCACAGGGUCAUUGACCAGCAGCUGAUGGACAAACACCCGAAGGAAUGGAGCCAGCUUGCUUAUUCCUUCUCCAGUGGCUACGGCGCAAAGCGGAGUGCCAGACCCUCCCCCGUGUUCAGGCCGGAGCCGCAGGGGGACGAGCCCGUCGGGGCAGAAGGGAACCGUCUUUUUUCCUUUUUCAAGAAAAAUUAG